AUGUCCCUCCCACAAGAUCUCGACAUGGACAAGCUCCCUACCCAACCCUACUCCUCCCCUCGCCUCCUCAAAUGGCUCUACUGCACGCAACGCGUCUCCGCCUCCCUCGCGCUCCUCCCCUACUGGGCCAUCAAGUACGCGAUCGGCCACCGUCCUCGUCCGUCUUGGUCCAUCGCCGAGACGCUCUUGAUCGACUUUACCCGCCGAGUAAGCGCCAUCACGGAUCGCGCGGGCGUGCAGCAUGCGGUGAGGGAUCCGUGUGAGGAGCCUCGGCGGGACGCGCUGAAAGAGACGCGGUUCGAGUGGGUUCCCGGAAUCGAAGGAGAGUUGUAUGCCGGCGCGGUCGUGGAUGACGAGGUCAAGCCUCUCAAGCGCGUCGGGACGUUCAUCUGGGAGCGAGCCGAGGACGUGCGCGAGGAUUACGCGAUGCUGAAUGCCAAGGACGCGGAUUUGGCCGAGGAGAACUCGGAUGCUGGGUCGGUCUUUGGAGGACGCAAUAGCGGGACGGAGGAGGGCGACAGGGGAGAUCUCGUCGGAGUGUACUUCCAUGGCGGCGGGUACACGCAUUUCUCGGCGACCGAGUGCGCCCAGACGAGCAUGAUCCCGCGGAGACUGAUGCAGCACGACUACUUUUCCGCUAUUCACGCCGUCGAGUACCGACUCCUCCCUCACCCCUUCCCCGCCGCUCUGCAAGACGCCCUCUCCGUCUACUCCCACCUCCUCCGCUGCGGCGUCCCGGCACACAAGAUCAUCCUGAUCGGCGACUCGGCAGGUGGGAACAUUGCCCUCGCGCUCGCGCGGUGGAUCCGCGACGAGAAGCUCCUCGCCGCGCCAGGUGGCCUGAUCCUCCUCUCGCCUUGGUGCGACCCGUCACACUGCUUCCCCCACUCGACGACUUCGUACGUCCCCCGACCGAAUCCAGAGGAUUACCUCCCCGACGAGCCGGGCGCGAGGAGGUUGCUCGUCACCUCCCUCCUCGGCAACAAACCCCAUUCGUUCCUCAGUUCGCCUUAUAUCUCCCCUGCGUCCCAACUCGGCCCACACGGCUCAUUCGCCGACUUUCCACCAACGUUCAUCCACUACGGAGACGCGGAGCGCCUGGAAGAAGAGAUCGACUCGCUCGUCCGCGGGAUGAGGCGCGAUAAAGUCGAGUUGCUCGAUGUCGAGAAGACCAAGGACGCGGUGCACGAUGUCCUCAUGGUCAGGUUCUGGAACGAGGAGGUCAGGACCGAGAUUUACAGGAGGAUCUGCGAGUGGUUGGACAGGGUCGUCGCGAGGGGGAAGAAGAUGGAUCGGGGCGAGGACCCGCGUGCGCCCGUCGUCGGGUCGUCGUCGUCGAGUUUGAAGGACAUCGAGGCGAAUGGACAGGUUGCGGCGCACGUCCAGCCGGCGAGGGAGGACAUCGAGGAGACGGGUCGCCCGUCAAAACUGCACAAGUGA